GUUUAUUAUCUAAUCAUUUGGCGCAAACUAACGGCCUCCCUUCCAUCUCCAUGGCCAUGCCUCUGACGGCUCUCCUUCUCCCCUCUCCUCUCGCAGUCUGCCUUUCUCCCCCAUCCCGAUUUACACUCUCUCGUCCCUCCCCACUCUCCCCUUUCUCCAUUCUCCGCCCUCCACUCCCAAAACUCAAAAUUCAGUGCGCAGCAAAGGACAACAGAGAGGCAGCACCCCCAUCAACGCGAACCUCUGAGUCUGUUGACCCAAAGAAAGGAAUCUCCGUUUACAAGCCGAAAUCGUACGAGGUCCUCGUCACCGAUGCGGCCAACUCUCUCGCUUAUGCUCUUGAGGAUGGCAAAAUCCGCCUUGAAAUCGAUUUCCCGCCCUUGCCUAGCGACAUUUCUUCUUACAAGGGAUCGUCAGAUGAGUUCAUUGACGCCAACAUUCAACUUGCCUUGACUAUGGUCAAGAAGCUCCAAGAAAAAAGGGAUAUUCAAGCUUGCAUUGUGUUCCCUGACAAGCCAGAGAAGCGCAGGGCCUCACAACUUUUCAAAUCAGCUUUUGAUUCGAUUGAUGGAAUAUCUAUAGGUUCCCUUGAUGAUAUUCCCAGUGGACCAGUCACAACAUUCUUCAGAUCUAUCAGGAAUACUUUGGAUUUUGAUUUUGAGGAUGAAAAUGAAGGUCGAUGGGAACCAAAAGAACCACCAUCACUUUAUGUAUUUAUUAAUUGUAGCACACGUGAACUAUCAGUUAUAGAGAAGUAUGUGGAGAAAUAUGCACAAUUGACCCCCACACUUUUAUUCAAUCUUGAACUUGAUACUUUGCGUGCUGACUUGGGUCUCCUAGGAUUUCCUACCAAAGAUUUGCACUACCGAUUUCUUUCUCAAUUUACUCCAGUCUUCUAUAUUCGAAUCCGAGACUAUUCCAAGACAGUAGCAGUGGCACCUUACAUUGUAAAUUAUAGUGGAGCACUGUUUCGACAAUAUCCUGGGCCUUGGCAGGUGAUGCUUAAACAAGCAGAUGGUUCUUAUGCUUGCGUAGCUGAGAGUGAAACUCGUUUCACUUUGGGAGAGACCAAGGAAGAACUGUUAAGGGUCUUGGGGUUGCAAGAGAAACAAGGAAGCUCACUUGAAUUCCUUCGUAAAGGCUACAAGGCUUCUACCUGGUGGGAAGAGGAUGUUGAAUUAGAAGUAUCUUCUGCAUGGCGUAGCUGAGGGAGCUGUAGAAUCAGAACUUGCUGAAUUAAGAAACACACAGCAGCGGUUCUUUUAAGUUUUCUCUGUUAUUUACAGUGUGAUUUAGUCCCAUUCUUUGGUAGAAAAUUUUCCUACGCCUAGGAACCAGAAAAUGAGCUUGAGCUUCUACCUUCUUAGUUCCACCUUCUGAGUUCCUAGCCGUGUUGAAGACAUAACUGAAGAAAAAACUUUUGUAAAGGAACUAUGACACUUGUGAAUAUCUUUUCGAUGAUACCACAUAUAU